AUGGCAUUAGUUGGUAAUUUGGUGCAUGGAAAUCAGGGAAGAGAUUCUUUGUCAACCUCUCCUAUAUUGUUUUUCUUCAUCCUUCACAAAGCCAUUUGUAAGGGGCUUGAUGAGCUUCAUCAAUUGGCAAUGGUACGCCUCAAUAAUGGCCAACAAAAUAUUGACAUGAUUAUUAAGGUCUUGUAUGAGAAAUACCAAUUUCUGGCAUUGAUUUAUGAGCACCAUUUGAAUGCCAAAAAUGAGGUGAUCUUUGCAGCUCUUGACUCAAGACUGAAGAAUUUAGUGCAGCCGUACUUACUUCAACAAAAGGGUGAAAAGGAUCUCUUUGAUCAAUUAUUGAGGCUUCUAAGUAAUUUUAAUAAAACAAUGCAAAAUGAAACCAGUUUCCAAAGAGAAUUAGUGUCCUUGACAGGAGUCCUGCAAAUGUUGAUUACUAAAAACAUGGCCAAGGAAGAGAAGCAGGUGUUUGCCUUGCUUUGCGAGAAUUUCACGCUCGAAGAGCAGGCGUCUUUGGUCUGGCAGUUCCUUUGCAGCCUGCCGACUUACGUGUUGUCUAAGGCACUUUCAUGGGUAUCAGCUUCCCUUUCAACUUGCGAAUAUCAGGCUCUGUUCAACUGUUUAGUCAAGAUAGUGCCAGAGGAAAAGCUUCUCCAGCAGGCCAUUUUCAACUGGAUUGAAAGGAAAGAUUCGCGUGAUACCGAGUUGAAUGGUCCAAUGGAGAAAGAAAAUUUUGAAAUUCAACACACUGGAUCGCAUCCCAUAGAUGAUAUAUUGCUCUGGCAUAAGGCUAUUAAUAGAGACUUGAAUGAAACGUUUGAAAAGAUCAAAAGGAUGUAUCUCUCUGGCAAUUUCACCAAUCGAUCAGUUUGCGAAGAAAGGGUGCGGUUUAUAGCUGAAGUUUGCAUCUUUCACAGUAUUGCUAAGGACAAGGUCAUAUUUCCAGCAGUUUAUAGUGAGAUUUCAUUUUUCCAUCAGCAUGUUGAAGCAGAAAGUAAAUUCAAUGAGUUUUGGACUCUGAUUCAAAGUUCCAGAACAGUCUCUUAUACACCAUCUGAAUUUCAUUUGAAGUUAUUUUCUUGUGCUGAUCAAAUAAUGGAAACAAUAAACAGGCAAUUCUACAUUGAGGAAGUCCAGGUUCUUCCACUUGCUCGAGAGAACUUUAACGUCAAAAAACAACGGGAACUUUUGCAUCGCAGCUUGUGCAUGAUGCCCUUGAAAUUGAUCAACCACGUCUUGCCAUGGCUGAUAGGCACAAUGAAUGACGAGGAAGCGAAAAGAUUUCUCGACAAUUUUCAAUUGGCAGUACCAGCAUCAGAUACUGGUCUGGUAAAUCUUUUUUGUAGUUGGGCUGGCAAGGUUGGUAAACAGGAUUUAUGCUCAUCUUCAAGUGCAAGAAGCUCACGUCCUACCAUAAGAUCAUGCAAUGGCCAUAUAUUACAAAAUGAGCAUCACUAUUGUUGUUUUCCAGGUUUAGCAGUAACCAAUAAGAAUUUCAAUGAAACAAACAAUGGAUUUUCUACUGAGCAGCCAAUUGAUGUCUUAUUCAAAGUGCAUAAAGCCGUACGCCGAGACUCGGAAUAUUUAAGCAUUGAAUCAGGCAGGGUUAGGAAUGGUGAUGAGGCUUUUCUACACCAAUUCAUAGGAAGAUUUUGUCUCCUGUGGGGUUUGUACAGAGUUCAUAGUAAGUCUGAGGACAACAUUAUACAUCCAGCACUUGAAUCUAGAGAGGCGCUUCGGAAUGUGACUCACUCCUACAAGCUGGAUCACGAGCAAGAGGAGAGAAUUUUUGAAGAUAUUUCCAGCGUUCUUUCUCAGCUUUCACAAAUUCAUGGAAGCUCGAAAAUUGUUCCCAUUGCAAAAAACUCAAGCACAAGUACCUUGGAAUUCUCCGCGUUUCGUGAAAGUGAAUGUGUGACAAAAUUUUCUGAGUUAUCUACUAAGCUUCAAGUGAUGUGCAAGUCCAUAAGAGUGAUAGUAGAUCAACAUAUGUCAAGGGAAGAAUAUGAGCUCUGGCCAUUGUUUGGAAUCCAUUUUUCUGUGGAAGAGCAAAACAAAAUUGUUGGCUUCGUAUUAGGGACUACAGGUGCUGAAGAGCUUCAGUUACUAUUGCCAUGGGUAACUUCUGCGCUUGCUCAAGAUGAAAAAGAUAAAAUGAUGAACACAUUGAAGCAUGUAACAAGGAAUACAAUGUUCAAUAAUUGGCUUAGUGAAUGCUGGGAAGGAGAUUCAGUAUCACUUUUAGAAGCUUAUGUAUCAGAAACUAACAUACCUCCAAAAGGUUUUCUAGGAGGCAUGGGCAAGAGUGAUCAGAUGUUUAGGCCCCAUGACAUCAAAAGGGUUUAUCCGCACUCAACUUCUGAUCAUAAGAGAAGGGCAGAUCGUCUUCGGAAUUAUAUGGCUAGUCACUGGAUGGCUGCUCAGCAGAGACUUCCUCAAGUAGGUGAAAACCUAAAAGGAAAGUUGCUGUCAUUUCGCGAUCUCGAGGGAGAUGUAUUUGGGUGUGAGCAUUACAAAAGAAACUGCAAACUCCAAGCUGCUUGUUGUGGAAAGUUGUUUACCUGUAGUUUUUGCCAUGACAGAAUGAGUGACCACUCAAUGGAUAGGGAAGCAACAACAGAAAUGAUGUGCAUGAGAUGCUUGAAUAUUCAGCCACUAGGGCCAAAGUGCAAGACACCUUCAUGCAAUGGAUUUGCAAUGGCCAAGUACUAUUGCAGUAUAUGCAAACUUUUUGAGGAUGAAAGGAAUGUCUAUCAUUGCCCAUUCUGCAAUAUAUGCCGCAUCGGAAAGGGUCUAGGCGUCGACUAUUUUCAUUGUAUGACCUGCAACUGCUGUCUCUCUAUAAGAUUGUUGAGCCACGAGUGCAAGAAGAACUGCCUAGAAACCAGCUGCCCACUCUGCAAUGAAUUCUUAUUCACAUCAACCACACCAGUCCGAGCUCUACCUUGUGGCCAUUAUGUUCAUUCAACUUGCUUUGGCGUAACUGAAUGCGCGUCAAGUCCCUAUAGAUGCUUAAUCUGCAAAGAGACUUCAGAAGACACAAUGCAGAAUCCUCAAUCUCAGAAGAGAUUUCUCCAACCAAAAUUGCAGAAGGCAUCAGCAGAAUCCUCAAUUACGGUGGGUUUUGACGGGGAGAUGAAAAUGUACAACCAUGAUGAAAUAGGAACAGUGGAAACCUCAUCAUGGACUAAUGAAAACUCGUGGAAACGUGCUUUUAGCUUUGCAAGAUUUUGGGCAAAGAGAUUAUAUUCUUUUAUGUUAUGGUUCGGUCUUGGAAGAGUACAAAGGAUCGGAAACGGAAUACAGAAGGUGGUUGAAGGAGACAAAGCCAAGGACACUUUUUUGCUCUGUUGCAUUGUGAUGUGCUCUUUGGUGGUGCUUUGUGUCAUGGGCAGUCUUGUAAUUUUGCUUUCUCUCAAGCUUGUGAGAGGAGACAAAUAUAUUUUCCCAUGGUAG